GGACGGGGGCGGGAGCUCGGAUUUGGGCCGCGGCGGGAGCCAGCGUCGCCGCCACUCGAGUGCGCAGGCGCUUGGCGGUUACCGGUCUCACCAUGGAGCGGAAAGUGCUUGCGCUCCAGGCCCGAAAGAAAAGGACCAAGGCCAAGAAGGACAAAGCCCAGAGGAAACCCGAAACUCAGCACCGAGGCUCUGCACCCCACUCCGAGAGCGAUAUCCCAGAGCAGGAAGAGGAGAUUCUGGGGUCUGACGAUGACGAGCAAGAAGAUCCCAAUGACUACUGUAAAGGGGGAAGAAGUUUGUGGCAAUGAAAGUAGUUAAAAGUGCCGAGCAUUACACUGAAACAGCACUAGACGAGAUCCGUUUGCUGAAAUCAGUUCGCAAUUCAGACCCGAAUGAUCCAAACAGAGAAAUGGUGGUUCAGCUACUAGAUGACUUUAAAAUAUCAGGUGUUAAUGGAACACAUAUCUGCAUGGUGUUUGAAGUUUUGGGGCAUCAUCUACUCAAGUGGAUCAUCAAGUCCAACUAUCAGGGACUUCCACUGCCUUGUGUCAAAAAAAUCAUUCAGCAGGUGUUACAGGGUCUGGAUUAUUUACACACCAAGUGCCGUAUCAUCCACACUGACAUUAAACCAGAAAACAUCUUGUUGUCGGUGAAUGACCAGUACAUCCGCAGGCUGGCUGCAGAAGCAACCGAGUGGCAACGGUCCGGAGCUCCUCCACCUUCUGGCUCUGCAGUCAGUACUGCUCCGCAACCUAAACCAGCUGACAAAAUGUCAAAGAAUAAGAAGAAGAAAUUGAAGAAGAAGCAGAAGCGCCAGGCAGAAUUGCUAGAGAAGCGAAUGCAGGAAAUUGAGGAAAUGGAGAAAGAGUCGGGCCCUGGGCAAAAAAGACCUAACGAGCAAGAAGAAUCAGAGAGUCCUGUUGAAAGACCCUUGAAAGAGAACCCACCUAAUAAAAUGACCCAAGAGAAACUUGAAGAGUCAAGUUCCAUUGGCCAGGAUCAAACACUUACGGAACGUGGUGUAGAGGGUGGUGCAACAGAAAUUAAUUGCAAUGGAGUAAUUGAAAUCGUUAAUUACAAUGAGAACAGUAAUAACGAAACAUUGAGGCUUAAAGAGGAUCUCCAUAAUGCUAAUGACUGUGGUGUCCAAAAUUUGAAGCAGGAAGCUAGUUUCUUAAACUCCCAAAAUGGAGACAGCAGUACAUCUCAAGAAACAGACUCUUGCACACCUGUGACCUCUGAGGUGUCAGAGACCAUGGUAUGCCAGUCUUCCUCAUCUGUAGACCAGUCACCCAAUGAGCAGGACAUCAGCCAGCUUCAAGAAAGCUUUCGGGCCGAGAUUCCCUGUGCAGAGGAGCAGGAGCAGGAGCCAAACGGACCACUGGACAACAAAGGAAAAUUCACUGCUGGAAAUUUUCUUAUUAAUCCCCUUGAGCCAAAAAAUGCAGAAAAACUGAAAGUGAAGAUUGCUGAUCUUGGAAACGCCUGCUGGGUGCACAAGCAUUUCACGGAAGAUAUCCAAACCAGGCAGUACCGGUCUCUGGAAGUUCUAAUAGGAUCUGGCUACAACACCCCUGCUGACAUCUGGAGCACCGCAUGCAUGGCCUUUGAACUAGCCACAGGUGACUAUUUGUUUGAACCUCAUUCAGGGGAGGACUACACAAGAGAUGAAGAUCACAUUGCGUUGAUCAUAGAACUUCUGGGAAAGGUGCCUCGCAAGCUCAUUGUAGCAGGAAAAUAUUCUAAGGAAUUUUUCACCAAAAAAGGUGACCUGAAACACAUCAGCAAGCUGAAACCUUGGGGCCUUUUUGAGGUUCUAGUGGAGAAGUAUGAGUGGUCUCAGGAAGAAGCAGCUGGCUUCACAGAUUUCUUACUGCCCAUGUUGGAGCUCAUCCCUGAGAAGAGAGCCACUGCCUCUGAGUGUCUCCGGCAUCCUUGGCUGAACUCCUAAGCCCCAUCCAGCACCGCAGCAGAGAUCAUCAGACUGGCCCUCCAGCCCCUCUCCGAGACUUUCCCUCUUCCCUUUUCAUGGUGAAGCUCUCCUCAAGGGUUUCUAGAUUUUUUUUUUUCAAUCCAGCGUGUUCAUUUGGGUUUGCUUCCUUGACCCUGUGGGAAUUCCCACAGUCAUUGGGCAUCCUAAAUGAAUUGGCCUUGGUUGGGCUCUGCCAAAGAUGAAAACAUGCACAGCCUCUCACCCUAUACCCUCACCUUUCCAUUAGGACAUCCUUUAAAUGUCAGCACCCUUUUUAAAAAAAGAAUGAAGAUGUGUGAGCCCAUCCUUUUUAUUCACUGACUCUGAGAGUCAAAUUUCCUAGAGCGUAUCCCAUUGCCAGCAUAACGAUGAGGAGGGGAGGGUGUUGAUUCUCCGAACAGCAGAGACAUUAAACUUGCUGUAUCUGGGCUGCAUCAUCUUCCUGGAUUCUUGCUGUGUUUUCUAUGUUCACUUUUUUUCCCUGCGACUUUCAGGUUACAGUCAGCUGUAUAAUCACCAAAUUUGGGCACCAUCUUACCACUGUUCAAAAAACUGUCAUAUUCUUUUCAUUCUCUGCUAACUCUUAAGAUCCUGAAAUCCGUCUGAUUUUCAAUGUAAACAAUAACAGAACCAUUGAAUGAUAAUUUCUUGAGAGCCUCGGCUGUCCUGCCAACAGUCCUUUCCUGUGUGUGUCCUGUCACCCUAACAAUAGUUCUUUUGGUUGACUGGUUUGUCUUUCAUCCCUAGCUAGCACUCAUUCAGCUUGAAAUUCUUGCCCUGCAACUAAAGGAUUGGGCGACUCCAGACAUAAGUGUGUUCAGAGCUCCCAUCUUGAGGAGUGUUCCGGCAUUCCAAUUCUUUUCCACUCAAUGUCUGCUUUUGUUUACAGCUUUUCUUUGCCUUCCCAAAAUUCUGGCCUUGAAGCAUUUUCUGUCUGUGGCUUUGCUGUUCUCAUCCAGAGGCUUGUUCUCAUCCCUUAGGCCUGGUGGAAGCGCCAGGGGAGGCGGGGUGGCAUCUUUUCUUUUGUCUUUUUUCCCCUGUUUGUUUUGAGAUUCACCAUCCUCUGCUGCUAUUUCCUUGUGUAAUGUAAGUUUUUAACUGCAAUUUUGAGAUGAUUGAAAUGUACUUGAGGCUUAUUCUUCUGAAUGCAAAAGGGAUUUGUGAAUUUUAUUUUAGAAUCAGCCUCUCGUAGACUUGCUUACCUAAACAUUGCAUAUUCCUUGGGCGAUACUGAGUAUCCAACAGGCAGGAUUGGGCUGCUUCCUUGUUCAGCAAGGACCAAGUGGGCCUUGGGGAUUGCAGCAUUCUCCAGAAGCUCUCAGAUUCUAGCUCAGAAAGCCAAGGAGGUGUACCCCAAGGCUCUCCUAGCAAGCUGCAAUGAAGCUGGCAACUGCCCCCUCUCCGUAUGGAGACAGCUCUCACCUUCUGUGACUCGCCCACAGUGAGAAAGCUGGUGUCUUCUGCAUCCCAUGUAACUCAUAAACAUCCUCCCUGAGGAACUGGCCAGCCGUUCAUUGGCUCUUGAUUGGUUACUCCUGACACCAGACGUGUUCCUGUAGAAAGAAUUUUAAGCCAGGCUAUCUAUGCAGCUAUCAAGAAUAAAAGAAAGAUCACUUCACACACGGCAGGGAAAUCCUUCAGCAAUUCUAAUUACUCUGGGUCUUCAACUGUAUUUACAUCUAAAGCAAUAGCAGACCAAACGGAAACCUCUAUUACCGGAUCAGUUGUGGAGUUACAGGAAUCCUAGUGAUAUUAAGGUGAAAUAACCAAGAAACGCAAACCAAACAGCGGGCCUGUUUUAAGCAUUGAUAUCACAGGUAGUUUUUAAUAGGGGGAGAACCUGGAACUUCAUUUUGGAAAUAUUUCCCAACUAAGGGCUUUUCUUCCAAUCACCUAAGGAGCCAGGGAAAUUGGAAGGGCUGGAAAGAGGCGGCUGUAGGAGCCAGGCUUCCAGUGGGCUGUACUUCGACUAAGCGUGAUCACAACAAGCCUGUCCACUUGCCACGGUCUCAAGAAUUUCUAUUUGCUCUUGGUUCAAAAUGAAGUCCUGAUGCAUUUUAUAUUCUUUCUACUGAGUGCACUGUCUGUGUUCUUACAAAUGCAGUACAAUAAACGUGUUUAAUAGCCUGCA